GUUUUUUUGGGUCACAUAGGUAACAAAUUUAACGUUGCUACUUUUUAGUUUCUCAUUUUCCAAUCUCUCUCUUUGGAGAGAACGCCCUUUACAUCACAACCUAAAAUUUUUCAUACCCAAAACAUGACAUUUUUCGAUUCUAUGAAAAUGGGGUUUUAGCCAUAAAACUUGUUUGCAGGGUGCCAAGAAUUAAGGGAUUCAUUGUAUUUGACAUCUUGGCCCUGCAAAGGUUAAUUUGUUAGUUCCAGAAGAAUCUUUUUGGGUACAAUUUUUAAUAUUGUGGUGUGAAACAUCAUCAUGGGGAUGUCUUCCGACAAUGUUAUUGGUCUUGUUUUGGCUCUAUCUUCAAGCAUUUUCAUUGGUUCAAGCUUUAUAAUUAAAAAAAUUGGUCUUUUAAAAGCUGCAACUAAUGGGAACAGAGCAGCAACUGGAGGGCAUUCAUAUUUGUAUGAACCACGGUGGUGGGUCGGAAUGAGUUCAAUGAUUAUUGGGGAAAUAGCUAAUUUUGCAGCUUAUGCAUUUGCACCUGCCAUCCUUGUAACUCCUUUGGGAGCUUUAAGCAUCAUUGUCAGUGCAAUUCUAGCUCACUUCAUCUUGAAAGAGAAAUUGCACAUAUUUGGCAUGCUUGGAUGUGCUCUCUGUGUGGUAGGGUCUACAACUAUUGUUCUUCAUGCACCACAUGAGAGAAACAUUCAUUCUGUCAAGGAAGUAUGGCAACUUGCUACAGAACCAGCUUUUAUUGUAUACUCUUGUUGGGUGGUGGGACUCGUUCUAGUUCUUAUUUUCCGUUUCGCAAAAAGUCAUGGACAAAGCCAUAUGAUUAUUUAUAUUGGAAUAUGCUCUCUCACGGGCUCAAUUACGGUUAUGAGUGUCAAAGCACUAGCGAUAGGUUUGAAGCUUACAUUUGAAGGGAUGAAUCAAUUUAUUUACUUUCAGACAUGGUUCUUUACAUUAGUUGUGAUAGGAUGUUGCCUUUUGCAAAUCAACUACUUGAACAAGGCUUUGGACACCUUCAACACUGCUGUCGUAUCACCGGUUUACUAUGUCAUGUUUACCACAUUUACCAUUAUCGCCAGCAUAAUCAUGUUUAAGGAAUGGGACACACAAAGUGGAUCUCAAAUUGCGACAGAGUUGUGUGGUUUCGUGACAAUUUUAUCCGGGACCUUUCUCCUUCACAAAACUAAGGAUAUGGGAAAUAGACCCGCAGAAAUUUCUGAUCCUUCAGGUCCACAACUACAACUUACUAUUAACAAUACUAAGUCGCCAGAUAGAUCCGAAAUCUGAAGCCUGUGAGAAGCAUUUUUCUUUCACCUAUGUUUCCUCCCAAGCUAAACACCUUAAGCUUGCUACUUUUUGGUUCUAACAAGCUUGUAACAUUUUCAAAAAAUAGAAAGAAACAUGAAAAAGAUGUAAAUGUGAAAGAUGAAAUCAAGUAUAUCUUAUGACCUUAGAGGAUAUGAUGCUAGAUUCUUUGUUAGAUUAGAAAUCUUUCUCUUUUUCAUGUUCCCCUAUUUCUGCUAGUUUUUUUAAACAUGUAGAAAAUGUGAAUCAUCAGAAGUCCUAAAAUUACAUUUAUCAAGGUUGUUGAAACACCAUUUUUUUCUA